GCGAGCCAAGUUGGAACCGUGGUGGAUCCUGCGGUUUCGGCCUAGCGUGCGAAAACCAUCAAGGUGCUCAACGCAGAACCUCUUCGCGCCAGCAAUCUCUCUCGCUCUCGAGCCCUUUACUAAAGCGCGCAGGCCCCCCAUCACUUCGUCCUACAUCGUCACCUCUUCUGCCCGCGCGCGCCGUUCUUUGCUCUCGACGCCCUACCCCUGCACCUUCCCUCAAUGGCGACCUUUCAAGACAUCGCCCACUCGGUCCUCCGUCGGGCCGCCGUGGAGGACGGCGACAGCCUUAUCGGCUCCCCGGGCCAUUGCGACACCAGUAACGAGUUUGACGGCCGCAUCGGCGUCCGCGUCUCGUCCAUCUUCGUCAUCCUGGUCGGCUCCUUCGUGGGCGCUUGGUUUCCCGUCUUCGCCCGCAGACACAAGGGAGUUGGCGUACCGGAAUGGGCCUUCUUCGUUGCGAAAUACUUCGGUUCUGGCGUCAUCAUAGCCACGGCGUUUAUCCAUUUGCUUGCACCCGCCCACGAGGCUCUCGGCGAUGAAUGUCUUACUGGGCCCAUCACCGAGUACAGCUGGGUCGAGGGCAUUGUCCUCAUGGCCAUUUUCGUCUUGUUCUUCGUGGAGCUCAUGACGAUGCGUUUUUUCAGCGUCGGUGGACACGACCACUUCUCUGAUGAAGAACAUGGCCACGGCCACAACCAUUCUGGCUCCACCUCUGGUCCGGCCGACUCGGAUUCCAUAGUGGAAGCACGCAAGACGUACGGCAACGAACACCCCCACCCGACCAUGCCGGCCCCUGGCGAAGACCACCUCGGCCACUCGCGCGACCAUACGGCUAACGAGGACCUCAGCGCAGACUGGGAGCACGAAGGACUGAGCCCCGAAUCGUUCGCCGCGCAACUGACGGCCGUGUUCGUUCUGGAAUUCGGCGUCAUCUUCCACUCGAUUUUCAUCGGCCUGACGCUCGCCGUGUCGGGUGAGGAGUUCAACACGCUGUACGUGGUUCUGGUCUUCCACCAAACGUUCGAAGGGCUGGGACUGGGAGCGCGGCUGUCGGCAGUGCCCUGGCCCAAGUCGAAGCGCUGGACGCCGUACUUGCUGGCCGCGGGAUACGGCAUCAGCACGCCCAUUGCCAUUGCCAUCGGACUCGGCGUGCGCCAAUCGUACCCGCCCGGCAGCGCGACGACGCUCAUCGCCAACGGCGUCUUCGACUCCAUCUCGGCGGGCAUCCUCAUCUACACGGGCCUGGUGGAGCUCAUGGCGCACGAGUUCAUGUUCUCUCCCUACAUGAGCAAGGCGCCCGUGAAGAUUGUUCUCUCGGCCUUUGUGCUCAUGUGCCUGGGCGGUGGCCUCAUGGCGCUGCUGGGCAAGUGGGCGUGAGCGCCAGCACGACGUCGUACGAUGAUUUUGCGUUUUCGACGCCCUGCGUGCCCAAGAGCUCGGCUGCCGGCGCUUUUUCGGUCGCGGGUGGCUGCCGCUUGGGUGCUCCACCUACGUGGUACUACGUAGGCUGGGGGCUGGGGAGGCAGGAGAGUGGUCACC